UACAGACAGACAGACAGACAGACAGGCAGGCGCAGUAGUGAGUUUGGUGUCUGGGUGCAGUGAAGUUAGCAGUGAGUGCUUGCUUGUUUGUACUCAUAACCUGAAUCGUGUAGCGGACUGAGCUAUAUUUUAGUGUAUAUGGAGAAGAAUUCUUGAUCAUUUGUUUCGCAUUAUUUCCGGUCCACAGUGGUGAGCGGGGGACUGGAUAAGGCACCUUGCCUUAACCAUGAAGGGACUGAAGAGUGGAUGGAGCUGGAAUGCUCUGGGUCGACGUAAGGUGCUCGAUUCCCUCACGCUAGGCAAUUCUGAGUUAGCCCGUGUGCUGAACACUUUCGAUCUUACCGCAUUGGGCGUGGGGAGUACACUGGGGCUUGGCGUGUACGUUCUCGCAGGAAAUGUUUCUAAGAACAUUGCAGGUCCAGCUGUGGUGCUCUCCUUCCUGAUAGCAGCCAUUGCAUCUGUAUUUGCAGGGUUGUGUUACGCAGAAUUUGGGGCAAGGGUUCCUCGAGCGGGGUCGGCGUACGUCUACAGUUACGUUUGUGUGGGUGAAUUUGUAGCCUUCAUCAUUGGAUGGAAUCUCAUUCUAGAAUAUGUAAUAGGUUCUGCAAGUGUUGCGAGAGGGUUGAGCAGAUAUCUGGAUUCUCUGCUCAACGAAACGAUGGCAGAAACAUUUCGAGAGACCAUGCCAGUGGGUACAAGUUCGCUUGCACUCUCACCAUACUUUGACAUGUUUGCAUUUCUGAUAUCGGUCAUUUUAGCAGUUGCCCUUGCACUUGGUGUGAAGGAAUCAUCUUCAGUAAACAACUUGUUUACAAUAGUAAAUAUUGGUGUUGUUCUGUUCGUUAUCUUUGCUGGAUCAUUCAAAGCUGACCCAAAGAACUGGAAAAUAAAGAAAGAAGACAUUGAUAUUGAUAAACGAGAGGCAGCGGGGGAAGGGGGAUUUUUCCCUUUUGGUGUCAGCGGUGCCAUAAAAGGAGCUGCCACCUGCUUCUUUGGCUUUGUUGGUUUCGACUGUGUAGCUACCACAGGUGAAGAGGUGAGAAACCCUCAGAAAGCAAUCCCGAUUGCUAUAAUUGCAUCCCUUGCCAUUAUCCUCCUGUCUUAUUUUGGAGUUUCGACAGUCCUCACUCUGAUGUGGCCGUACUAUUUGCAGGAUCCUGAUGCUCCAAUUCCAAAGGUGUUUGUUGAGAUAGGCUGGCCUGUGGCACAGUGGAUUGUAACAAUAGGAGGAAUGUUUGGACUGUGUGCGAGUCUGUUUGGAGCAAUGUUUCCUCUGCCUCGAAUCAUUUAUGCGAUGGCUAUGGAUGGACUAAUAUUCAGAUUCCUAGGGCAAGUUCACCACCACUUCAAGACUCCAUUUUAUGGCACUCUAAUAGCUGGUCUAUUAACAGGCUUAAUGGCAGCAAUUUUUGAUCUCGAUCAGCUUGUGAGUAUGAUGUCAAUUGGAACUCUUCUUGCAUAUACCAUUGUAGCUGCAUGUGUUCUGCUUCUUCGGUACGAAGCUGAUGUCCAUGAGGAGACUGAAGGUUAUGCAUUGCUUCCAUCUGAUGUGAACAGUAAUGAAGGAGAGGAGACUGUGUAUGAAGACUUUGAUGUCUAUGGAGGAAGUGAUAUUAUAAGUUCAGAGUACAUUGAAUCAACAAAUUUGGUGACUCUUAAGGAGCCUGUAUCAUUUAAAACAGUCUCAAAACAAAUGUUCAAUCCAUUCAGAAUAAAACAUCCAACAUCCCUGUCAUCGAGAGUUGUUGCUGCAGAGGUGCUGGCAUUUGGUGUGCUGUCUACAUUAUUGGGACUGUGUGUCAUAUUCUGGGAAAGUGACUUGGCAGAUCUUAAUCCAUGGGCAUUAUCUGUGACAACAUUUAUAGCUGCCAUUUUGGUUCUCAUCCUACUGUCAGUCAGUUUGCAGCCCACAUCUUCAGUUCCUCUCUCCUUCAAGGUACCAUUUGUACCUGUGAUCCCAGCAGUGAGUAUUCUGAUAAACAUUUAUCUAAUGCUGAAACUGGAUGCAGACACGUGGAUCAGGUUUGGAGUCUGGAUGGCGAUUGGUGUGACGCUCUACUUUGGAUACAGCAUACGACACAGUGAAGAGGGAAUGUUCCAUUGUGCAACACCAGUCCCUGUGCAUGGUAAAAGGACAACUUAUUCUAAUGAAAAGGGAUCUUCUGAUAUAAAAUGAGAUUUGAACUAUUUUCAUAGACAGGCAGUCUUUAAAUUAAUUUAAAAUAAUCUGUUCCUCAUGAAACUUGCAUGUUAAAUUAGUCUCGAUAGAAAACUAAAUGAGUGAUGCAUUUAAGCAAUACAAAUCUCUUCAGAAGUUGAUAAUUAUUAGAAAGGCACAGUGGGAUCUUUAAGAAGGAUUAUUAGUUUCGUAGACUGUGAAGAUAUGAGAGACAUGUCAUCAAUUUCUGUAAAUGUUCAAAGUGGUUUUUCAUCAAAAGAUAGUCAUUAUGGUACCUAUGAUUUAUACCAAGAUGUUGGAUUUUUCACAAGAAAUUAGUGUGCUGGCUUGUGACACCAAUGUACAUUAAAAUGGAUCUGAAAUAAUCCCAUAAUAUUUAUGAAUGAUUUUGUCUGGAGCUACAUAGAACAUUGUGAAACUGGAUGAAAAAAUGCUACAAAUAUUUCCGGGUGGAAGUAAAUAGCAGUCACACAAUGAAAGUAUUAUUUGGACUAAACUUCUUGAAUGUAACAUGUUGAUAAAAAAUCUUAUAUCUGGUGUUUUCAUAAUAUUUGAUCUGAUUUGUGUUUGCUAUUCAGACACCAAGGUGUGAUUCGAGAAAACUGUGUAGUAAGAGUACAGAGUUUCUGUUUAAAAUCUUGCUUUAAAGAUUAAAAGGAACUUUAAAUUCAAACUAUUUUUAUGAUUAGUAAUGUUACAUGUAAAAUAAACAUUGUGAUAAACAUAACAUUCCAUUUUAUACAAAUAUUUAAUACAAAAAGCAAUGAACAAA